UCUCUCCCAACUCGGGUUUGACCUACAGCCGCCCGGGAGAACAUGGCCUCCCCCGCUGUGUCCGGGCUCUCCCGGCAGGUGCGAUGCUUCAGCACGUCUGUGGCCAGGCCAUUUGCCAAGCUGGUUCGGCCACCUGUUCAGGUGUAUGGUGUCGAAGGUCGCUAUGCCACUGCCCUUUAUUCUGCUGCAUCUAAACAGAAUAAACUGGAGCAGGUGGAAAAGGAAUUGCUGAGAGUAGCACAAAUCUUGAAGGAACCGAAAAUGGCUGCUUCGAUCCUGAACCCCUUUACAAAGCGUUCGAUUAAAGUGAAAAGCCUGCACGACAUGACCACGAAGGAGAAGUUCUCGCCCCUCACCUCCAACCUGAUCAAUUUGCUCGCUGAGAAUGGUCGCUUGACCAGUACCCCUGCUGUCAUCUCUGCCUUUUCUACCAUGAUGAGCGUCCACCGUGGAGAAGUCCCAUGCACAGUGACCACUGCGUCUCCUUUAGAUGACGCCAGUCUUUCUGAAUUGAAAACGGUCCUGAAUAGCUUCCUGAGUAAAGGCCAGGUGUUGAAACUGGAAGUUAAGACCGACCCGUCCAUCAUGGGUGGAAUGAUUGUCCGUAUUGGAGAGAAGUAUGUCGACAUGUCUGCAAAGACCAAGAUUCAGAAGCUGAGCAAGGCCAUGCGGGAGGUUUUCUGAAAGUGCCGAUUUUCUGUCAGGGAAAUUCUUAAACUUGGAGCAACAGUAAAAUGCUUCCUGGACAGGA